CAUUUUCAUUGGCAUGGAGGCUUUAUGAUUUCCGUAAGAUAAUUCGUAUGAUCCCACCUCUGGAAUUUCGGGGUUCCGUAUUUUCAGCCUUGUUCAAGAUUUAAAACAAUGGCAGACAAAGAAAAUCAAAAACUGAAGCCAGAAAAUAUGGAUGAAACUCAAAAACCAAAGCUAGAAAAGACGGAAGGAAAUCAAAAAAUGAAUCAAGAAAAGGUGAAAGAAAAUAAAAAACCAAAACAAAAGAUGACGGAAGAAAAUCAAAAACGGAAUAAUGAAAAGGCUCACGAAAAAGGGAAUUGUACGUUGAUGAUACUCACAGGAGCAAUAAUGGUUGUUGCAGUGGUCUUGGUAUCUUCUUGUGAUGUUACGAAACGUAGCAAAUCCUGUGAUCUCAAGGAAGCCGUGGAAUACCUACGCCUGAAUUUUACUGUAUCUUGUAAAUAUGAAAAUUCUAAGGACAUCAAACAGAUCUGGAGAAUAGGGAUAUCAGCACUUGUCCUGGAUUUCGUAUUUCUGUUUUUGAGCCUGAUUUUAUUGAUGAUUCCUGGUGAAAGACACAGAACAGCAUACAUGUAUUUAGCUUGUUAUACCGUGCUGGCCCUACAAUCAAUUGUGUUAUCAGUUCUGCUUUUUCUCGGGUACAAUAAUAUCGUCGAUUCCAAAACGACUAAAAAAGAUACGGAUUAUGGAAAACUGAAGAGUGCAAUGAACCAAUCACUCACAGAGAAUUUUACUUCGGAUGUUAUAAGCAUCAACGAUAGUACUUCCGACCGUUGGAACAACUUCUUUAUCAAGUAUGAUUGUUGUGCUGUAAACCAAGUCAUUAGCACAACCAACGACUUUGACACUAGUCCUUGGUGUACUACGUCUGGUUCCUGUCAACUGACGAAUUCUCAAAUUCCGAAAUCAUGUUGUAAAGCAUAUACAAUUUAUGAUUACCAAAGUGCGCCAGAAGGUUGUCAUGCAAGAGUCGAGGAAAGAACCUAUAGAGAUAGCUGUUUUUCUCGUGUUCUGAUGUUGGAUGACUUUGCCAUAACAGAUGACCAGAUUGAUGUAAUAGCUACCAUUUCCUUAACCUUGGGGAUUUUGAAAGUUUGUGCAGUCAUCCUGGCUGUUUGGAUAGUUGUGGGGCUCUGCAUUUACAUUUGUAAGAAAACUCAAAACUGUAAAACAAACCACAGUGAUCAAUGUUUAGAUGCAAUUCCAACAGAGAAUCAACAAACCGCAUGACUUAUGUUAGGAUGAGUUUCUACCGGAGAAAUAUAAUUUUAAAUCAAAUCCCACUUCCCUUUGUUAAUAAGGAUGCAAUCCUAAGGGAGGAAUUAUAGCUUUAAAUCACCCAACCACACUGCAUAGAAUAUGAUGCGAUCCUUACGGAGGAAUUAUAGCUUUAAAACGUUCUUGACUGAAGAGAAUUAUAAUUAUGCAAACAUUUAUAUAUUUAAACUGUUAUAUAGUUUUUUUUAAGGUAAGAAAAGUUUUUAUUUACAAAACAUUCCAUCCAAAGACCUGUAUAACAGCACUAGAUUCUUAUCAUUGUUUUCCACCACUCAUUCACAU